AGAGAGGGAGAGGGAGAGACAGAGAGGAGAGAGACAGAGAGACAGAGAGAGAGAGAGAGACAGAGGGGGGGGGAGAGAGAGACAGAGACAGAGAGAGAGAGAGAGAGAGAGAGAGAGAGAGAGAGGGAGAGAGGGAGAGAGAGAGAGACAGAGAGACAGAGAGGGAGAGAGGGAGAGAGACAGAGAGACAGAGAGGGAGAUACAGAGAGGAGAGAGAGAGAGAGAGAGAGACAGAGAGGGAGAGAGAGAGAGAGACAGAGGGGGGGAGAGAGAGACAGAGACAGAGAGAGAGAGAGAGAGAGAGAGAGAGAGACAGAGAGGGAGAGAGAGAGAGAGACAGAGAGACAGAGAGGGAGAUACAGAGAGGAGAGAGAGAGAGAGAGAGAGACAGAGACAGAGAGAGAGAGAGAGAGAGACAGAGACAGAGAGGGAGAGAGAGAGAGACAGAGAGACAGAGAGGGAGAGAGAGAGAGAGACAGAGAGACAGAGAGGGAGAUACAGAGAGAGAGAGAGAGAGAGAGAGGGAGAGAGCGCGCGCACAUCCAAGUCUCCGUGAAGCAUCUCUCGGAGAGCAUCCAUUUCACGGCACUUUGAAGCGGAGGAGACGGUGCGCAUUUCUCCAUUUCUCUCCUCCGAAGUCAGUUUCCUGGAGAGACGCCGUUGUGUUCCGGCUUUCUCCGCCACAGUCCGUCCACUUGGAGCGGCUCCAGAAGGCGACCCCGCAUCUCGUUGUGUGGAGUCGGACACGCAAACACGGAAUAUCACCAGCGGGGGUUUCAAGUUGUCCUGGAAGUUGCGCAGUGACAGCAGAUGAUGGGGAUUUGUGGCUGCUUGGCGGUGCCGGGGAAAUGCCUCCUGCUCCUCGGACUUAAAUUGUUAUUCCUUGUACCUGCAGGAGUUCCAGCCCGGAGCGGGGACUCUGCAUUAAAGGACAACAUCACCGUGAGACAGGGGGACAGCGCCGUCUUGAAAUGCAACGUGGACAGCAAAGUCUCACGAGUGGCGUGGCUCAAUCGCACCACCAUCCUCUUCGCAGGAAGUGAGAAGUGGUCUCUGGACCCCCGCGUCAUCCUGAUGGAAAACACAGCAGUCACAGAGUACAGCAUCAAGAUCCAGAAUGUUGACGUCCACGACGAAGGGCCCUACGUCUGCUCCAUCCUCACCAACAAGAAGCCAAAGUCCACUAAAGUGCAUCUCAUCGUUCAAGUACCCGCCAGGAUCACUAACCUAUCGAAGGACGUCACAGUGAAUGAGGGCAGCAACGUCAAUCUCAUGUGCCUGGCGGUCGGUCGACCUGAGGCCAACGUCAUAUGGAAGCAUCAUUCGCCAAGAGGCACUCAUAAGUUUGUGACGGAGGGGGAACAUCUGGCGCUGACAGCCAUCACCAAAGAGCAGUCAGGAUCCUAUGAAUGCAUCGCUUCCAAUGACAUUUCAAGCCCUGAUGUCAGGACGGUUCAAGUCACAGUCAACUAUCCUCCCUUCAUUUCUAAAGCGAGGAGUACGGGUACUCCGGUUGGACAAAAAGGAAUCCUGCAAUGCGAAGCCUCCGCCGUCCCCAGGGCAGAUUUUGAGUGGUACAAAGAAGACCGCAGGCUCUUCAACGGACUCAACGGGGUUAAAAUCGAGAAUCAAGGUAAACAGUCGAUGCUCGUCUUUUUCAACGUCUCGGAAGAAGACUACGGAAACUACACCUGUGUCGCCGUGAACACCAUGGGGAUCACCAACGCCAGCAUAAUCCUUUAUGGUCCCGGUGCGAUGCACGAUGUGAACGGGGCCGCCGUGUUGCCCCGUCCCUCCGUAUGCCUGCUGCUGACCGUGACCUCACUCUACCUGCUGAAGUUCUGAUGUGAAAUGUGACGACCUUCAAGCUUCUCUCAUUUUCUUCUCGUUUUGAGCAGCAAGAACAGACUAUUAGUCCUGUAUGAGGAGAAUGGAAAUUUAAGAGUGCCAGUGGCUCACCCUUAGUUUUCUUUCUGGCUUUGCAUCAGAGUCUGUUCUCUGUUGGCUCGCCAAGAGAGAUAGAGAGGGGUCAAUCUGAGCAAGGGAAAAAUUAAAAUCAUGCACUAAUUUGAUGAUGGUAGAACUACUGCGUUUGUGACCCCUGCCCCCCCUCCCCCCCCAAAAAAAUCACCUUUUUUUUGUAUGUGAAGAGAAAAAAAAAAGAAAAAUACAUGUAAAUGUUGAUAGUUGACUGUUUAUUGCCCAAUAUUGAAGUGUACACUCAGAUUAUUAUUAUAGUGUCAUGUCCUGUUCAAUAUCUGUACAAUACCAUUAAGCUUUUUUUAAGU